GAAUUGAGGAAAGACGCAUCCAGGACAUCGACUCAUUAAUCGCCCGUCUCUCCUACACACAGUAGUUCACGCCAGUUUCGCUCAUCGGCAGGUCAGCUUGCGAAAAAUUCAAGCAUAUACUUUCUUUUUUUACACGUGAAUUUACUAACAUUUAACGAAAACCUCACACUAGAGAGGAUUGGCGUGUAUUCGAAGUGGAUUUCCACGGCUAACGUUAGCCCUUAAGCUACGAAAAAAAAAACAAAUCCGGAGAGCGAUUUUAAUUUUUCUGACAGACAAAACUGCAGACAUAUACUUCAGGAAUUUUUUUCUAAUCUCAUAGAUGAUUAAAAUCAUGCGUAUGAUGCUUCACAGCUAAAAACACGUUUUAUUCAAUCUAAACUAGUGUCUUUUUUGUUAUAUUGGCAUUUCCUUCGCUAAGCUAGCAACUCCAAACAAAGAAAGAAAAGCAUUUGUCGUCGCCUCGUCAACUUUUCGGCCCAAUCCCGUUUUUUUAUUGUCAUUUGGAUAGAAAUAAAUCUGAAAUGGCACAACAAAGCAGUUCUCAGGUCGCCAGCUCUCAAAAAGCUUUAAUGUUGGAGAUGAAGUCUCUGCAGGAGGAACCGGUGGAGGGUUUCAAGAUCACAUUAGUGGAUGAAGCUGAUCUCUACAACUGGGAAGUGGCGAUCUUUGGACCCCCAAACACUCAUUACGAAGGGGGGUAUUUCAAGGCUCGUAUCAAGUUCCCAAUCGACUACCCUUAUUCACCGCCCACAUUCAGAUUCCUCACCAAAAUGUGGCACCCCAACAUCUAUGAGAACGGCGACGUGUGUAUCUCCAUUCUGCAUCCUCCAGUAGAUGAUCCACAGAGCGGAGAACUUCCAUCUGAGAGGUGGAAUCCCACACAGAACGUCAGAACGAUCCUGUUGAGUGUCAUCUCUCUGCUGAAUGAACCAAACACAUUUUCUCCAGCAAACGUCGACGCCUCAGUCAUGUACCGCAAAUGGAGAGACAGUAAAGGAAAAGACAGGGAAUACGCAGAGAUCAUAAGAAAACAGGUUUUGGCCACUAAAGCAGAAGCAGAACGGGACGGCGUUAAAGUCCCCACCACACUGGCGGAGUACUGUGUGCGCACACGUGCCCCCGCACCUGACGAGGGGUCUGACCUGUUGUACGAUGAUUACUAUGACGAUGAAGACUUGGAGGAUGAGGAUGAGGACGACGAGGACUGCUGCUAUGACGAAGACGACUCAGGAAAUGAGGAGUCAUGACGACAUUCCUAUCGUCACGUUCAUCCCCGUCUCCAUCAGCAUUACUUUGGAAGUUGAAAUGUUAAGGCAUGCACUAGCAUUAACAUUCUGUCAAAAUGGCCCUUUUCUUUCCCUAAAGGACAAAAAAUGUGUUUGUUUUUUUGUGAUAAAAGCAUAAUGCUGCCUCCCUCGGUGUCAGUUGUGCUGACCUUCAGCUUUUCUCCAGAAUCAUUCUCUGGUUUGCUCGACAUUUUGUUUUAAAGUGAGCAUGUGCGAUUGAAAAUUUGAGAGAGUGGGUGCAUUGACAGACAAAAGUGUUUGUCUCUGAUCUUCCGCAAUCCUUGAAGAUGAUCACUCUGAUCAGCCACGCUCACUUCUUUGCUUUAAGCACAUUAGAAUAAUUCCGCAAUGAAGUGGUAAAGGUCUAACUUUUUUUUGCCCUUAAAAGGAUUUGUGAAAACCAUUCAAGGAUGGUUAAUUGAUAAAACCUUGUAAAAUAUUGAAAAUAAUUCACAACACAAUAUUUAACUUAUAGUGUCACUUUAAAUUAUUGAAAUGAUGUGUUUAUUAGUUCCAUGAUAUAGGACUUCCAUCAGAGAUGGAUAUAGUCGGACACAACUGGUUGGGUUGGUGUUUGGAUGUGUUGUCUUUGUUUUUUUCUAAAGCAUUGAUAAAAUUGUUGUCCUCUUAACCCGAAUCUUAUUUAAUCUGCGGUGAGGGUUUUUUAUUAAUAGAUGUUUGUUUUUCAUGUGUUUUUUUUCUGGGAUGUAGGGUGACUCUUUCUUUGUUUGUUUUGCGUUAUCGCUCAGUAAAAUGAUGACACAUCCUGCGUCAUGAUGUCACAAUCAGAAUUUUCCUUUAAGCUGUCUGGAGGUGUGUUGGGGUUCGCCUCUCUCGCUUCAAAUUGAACUCAUGCUGACUGACUCUCAGGAUAAACCAAUCGGGACGAAGAAAACCCACAAACAAAAAAAGUAUUUUUCUCACACCUGCAAGUCAUCCAUCUUUGCAAUAUUGUUUUGAAGACAAUUUACAACCGUAUCCCAAGAAGCUGAGAUGCACAUGAUAUAAUUGACCUGUAUGUAUUUUUACGGUUUGUUGGCCUAUUUAAAACGGAAUAAAGAUCUUUAUUAGAA